AUGGCCGAAAAUUGGUUCGCUCAAUUUGGUUAUGGAGUUAUCAUUGCUGCGGGGAUUGCUUUCAUCCCAGCUAUGAUUGUGGAUGUGUCGACCUGCAGGAAGAACAGUCUCGAUAUGGAACUCUCCAGGAAGAAGGACGCUCAGGAGGAAGUCAAAUCAAAGGGCGAGGACGAGGAUGAGGAUGACCAUGACGAGGCCCCUUCCCUUCCCUUCCCCCUCCCCCCCUUCUGCAGAAAGGUAGCGCCAUAUCGCCCGGUGAUCCAGAUGAUUCUGUCGUCCGCCUGGAGGUUCGCUAGCCGUCGUUAUAUCUGA